UUUUAUUCUCCCUCCACCCUUAGCCUAGUCGAGGCUGAGAAUAGGAAGGGCUUUUCCAGGAAGCGAAACUGAAAGUUUGCAGGCAGUCUCUGAAGAGAGCUGAGGGUAGGGAAUUGAUAGCGCCGUUUCCUCUCCCCUCUCUCUGCUCCCGGGUUAUCUUCCCCCAAACCCAGGACAGACAUCGCAGCCCCGGUUCCUCCGCUCAAGAGUACAGAUUCUGCCUCGAUGGCCACUGACUCCGCUGUCCACAGCCCGCAGUACCGGGUUCUGGUGCGGGUGCCCGAGAACUGUUCUGGACUGGAGAAGAAAUUGCAAAAAUAUUUCCAGAGUCCGCGGAAGUCUGGGGGAGGCGAGUGCACGGUCAAAGUCGGCCCCACCGAAGGCACUUACUGGGUAGAAUUUCUGGAAAAACAAGCCAAGGAAAGAGUGAUAGCAAAAGGAGAUCACACUGUGGAGAUCAGUCCUACGUCACAUGUGAAAAUCUUCCUAGAAACAAAUGAAAACUCAGGAGACAAGAACACUUUGGAGAUAAUAAGCCAGCUUUCCUCCCAGACUCAGUCGAUCCCAAAGAAAUUUCUAGAUGAGAAGCUCCCAGAAGAAGAAGGUGCUUUUAGCUCCUCUGAUUCCUUCAUUGAAAAGAUAUUUUGUCAUGUGGAGGCCCAGCUGAACUUCAACCUUUCCAAGGAACAAAGGGAGAAAAUUAUUAACUUCUGCCCAAAUCUCAAAAUAGAGCAAGACCAUGAUGGAACUGAGAAAUUGAGUGGUAACUUCCAAGAUAUUGAAAAAAUUUAUCAAUUUUUAAGUAAGGGGAUUCUGGGAAAUGACCAGAAAGAUUUUCCUCACUCAGCCUCAGCAAGAAAAAUCGAGACAAUGAAACCAAAUGACUGGGACAGUCUUAUUCUUCAUUCAGACUUCAAACACAGAAUGGAAGAGUCAAACUACAUCUCAGUUCCUUCACAUUUGUAUGAGUAUUUUAAACAUGUCUUUGCUGCGACUCUAGACAGAAUAGAAAAAGAGCACAAAGUACAUAUCAAAAGUACUUUGGCAUGUCCUACAGGCAAUGUUUAUUUAGAUUUUGAGACAAGCAAGUCUGAGGACAGAAUGGCAGCUCAAGAAGCUUUUACUACAGCAUUUCAGAAGGAAAUACAGAAUGUCACCUGUCAGAGUGUUUAUUUCACAGAUAAUAAGCUGGCUCUUGAAGUCCAAAGCAGACUGACCAACAUAUUUAAAAACCUCUAUAUUAAAGCUGAAGGAAUGACCUUAAUUCUCCAGGGAAACACAAGGGAUAUUUUAGAAGCUAAACUUUUCAUUGAAGGAAACUUUUCUCACAAACAACCAGUGGAAAUAAUGGUUUCCCAUAACAUGAUGGAGAAUGGAAUUGAGGUAGAUACUGCUGAUAUAUGUCUUCUGUACCAAGAAAUUACAGAAAUAGAAAAAAAAUUUGACACAGCAAUGGAACUGAUGAACAACCCCCAAACUGGGAAAACCCUCAUUGUAUUUAAACCAAAAGACAAAAGCCUGAAUCUCUCUGCACAUGCUUAUGAAUAUUUCAUUGAUUUCUUUCAGAUGAUCUCAACUCAGAUUGUCAAAGAGGUAGUUAUUCUAAAACCUUUAGACAAAGAGAGAAAAUAUUCAUCUAAAAAGACAUUCUUUAAAGACUUUGAAAAGAAGCACCCCCAUGUAAACUUGGAGUGGAAUGAACAAGAAUUGACAUUGACUGGUUUGCCCAGGUAUCUUGCAGAAGCAAUGGAAUAUAUAAAGAGAUAUUUUAGUAUUGAAGGUCCUGCUCAGCAGAGACCAGCUCUCUCCCCUGAAAGGACUUGGAAUAAAGACUCCAAAUCCAUUUGGGAGAAAAAUGGUGGUAAUUUCGAGGCAAUUCUUCCUUCCAAGGGAUUGCCUAGCUAUGAGGAUUUAGAAAAAGAGGAAAAAGAAAAGAACUGUGCCAUCUGUCUGGAAAUCAUUCACCACAAAGAAGUCCUUCCAAAGUGCAAGCAUGAGUUCUGUAGCCCUUGUAUUGGAAAAGCCAUGAAACAUAAGCCAGUGUGUCCUGUAUGCCAGACUUCCUAUGGCAUUGUGAAAGGAAAUCAACCACAUGGAACAAUGAACGUAUUUUAUAGGUCUUUUUCACUUCCAGGUUAUGAGUCAUAUGGCACAAUUGAGAUUUGUUAUGAUAUGAAGGGAGGCAUACAAACGGAAGAUCAUCCCCACCCAGGAAGAUCCUACAAAGGAACAUACCGGAUGGCUUAUUUGCCGGAUAAUGAAGAAGGACAGCAGGUUUUGAAACUCCUCCAAAGAGCUUUUGAACAAAAGUUGAUUUUCACAAUAGGACAGUCUCGGACAUUAGGAACGAACGAUGUGAUCACUUGGAAUGAUAUACACCAUAAAACUCAACCGGUUGGUGGGCCAGAAAAGUUUGGUUACCCGGAUCCCAACUAUCUGAAACGAGUUAAGGAGGAACUGAAGGCAAAAGGGAUUGAGUAAGAGUGCUGACUUUAAAAGUACCUUGAGGGCUGAAUUUGCAAAAGCUGUGGCUGUGGAAAGGAAUCCAAGUAAUCCUUACAAUAUGAGUGUAUAGGCAUUUAGAGAAAAAUUAAAGAAUUUGAAAAGAAAUUAAUUUGUUUAGGGAUGAAUGGGAUGAAAAGAAAUUAAUUUGUUUAGGGAUGAAUGGGAUGAACUGCUAAUCUGCUAACCUGUGUAAUGUCUUGGAGAUUCUACUUUUUAUUAGACAAACUGAGAGCUUGGCAGGAUUGUCAAAGUUACUGUAGUGAGAACACUGGGUAUAUCACUCAUUGCUUUCCUGUCUGUCUCCAUUUUGCUGUCACCAGAAUGCUAGAAUUAAGGAAUAAUCCACUGUACCAUUUGCAGAAGGUGAUGAUUGGCUUUCAGAUACAUUCAUAUUAUUUGUGGUAAGUUGUUGCUGACCUCAAAACUCACCAAACCUAGCUCUCUUUUAACUGGAAGGGUAGCCUAGUACAUUAAAAAGAUUGGAAGACAUCUUAAAGAAAAUUAUAGUCUCCAAAUAUUUAUUAUAUGAGCCCUUAGCUUCAAAAAGAAACUAACUAUCCAUUAUUCUGGCAAAUUUAAUGUAAAAUGAGAAGUGGGGAAAGAUAUUUCUCUCUUCAAUAAAGUCCAGUGGCUUCCAAACACUUUCAAGAACAAAUAUAAAGGCCUCUGCGAUUCAGUUAGACUGAUUUCCUUGAUGUUCCUCAUGUGAGGAACAUUUCUUCUGAUGGUGCAUUUUCAUUGGAUAUUUUCCCCACCCUGCCAUGCCUGAAAUUCUUUCCCCCCUUAUUUCCACUUAUUGACUUCCUUGACUUCUUUCAAGUCCUACCUAAAAUUCUACUUUUUACAUGAAGCCUUUCCCCAACCCUCUUAAUACUAGUGCCUUUCCUCGAUGAAUUCUCUCCAAUUUAUCCUGUAUUUGGCCUGUUUGUACAUAGUGCUUGCAUAUUGAUUGCAUAUGUGAGUUAUUUGAAAGAAGAUAGUGUCUUUUGUCUUUUUUUGUAUCCUCAGCAUUUAGCAGAGUGCCUAGCAUAUAGUAGACACUUACUAAAUACUUGUUGAUUAUCUGAUUAUGGGCAGACUCGUUAAUCUGAGUAUUGGCAACUGGUAUUGGCUUUUGUGCUGUCCUGGUUCCCUGCAUUCUUAGCUUACCAUCUGGGAUGCACCUUGAGGCAAUUCCUCUGUUUGGCUAACCUUUGUGAGACUAUAUUCAUAUCCAAAUGGUUUCUAAUUUUUAUCUUCCACAAAGUUUUCUGCUCAAUUUGCCCCCUCAAAAGUGUAGUUGUAGAGCAACAGUUAAAAUGCUCACAUCUCCAAAUGAGUCCAACUUUUCUAUUUGCUACAAAAACUAAGCAAAAAUAUCCAUUCGGACCUUAAAUUCUGGACCCUAUGGCAUUCGUUGGAGAAUGAAAAAGAACCUAUGAUACAGAGAGGUUCCUUCAAGUUACAAAGAGAUUAUUGGUGAUAAGGCAACAACUUAUUGCCCCAGGGCUGAAGGUUAAAGAUUUUUAGUUGGUACUUUUUUAAAUAAUUCAUUUAGAUCUGGUUCUAUCCUUGUAUUAGGGGAGACUUGAUUUAAUGGCUAUGUCAGAUGCUUCUAAUAAAGUAAAAAUUGUAUAAUGGUCA